UUUUUACUCUUCGAGCCCUAAUCGCCAUCGCGAUCCUUUUUCGUUCCCAUCAAGCGCCGGAUCUCGACGAGAGAGAAGGAGAAGGAGAAAGCGAGAGCAGGAUUCGGAUAAGCAAUGAUGUCCCUGGGGUUUGAGGAGUCUGAUGCUGCGGAGAAGCAGAGUUGGGAUUCCGAGUUUUUUAGGUUUCCACUGCCGUCGGAGUCGUCCUUGAGGUCGCUGAUGAAGAAAGAGCAGGAGUACGCGGUUAAGAGUGAUUACCUCAUGCGGCUGCUCUCUGAGAGGCAAUUUUCCGCCAGGAGAAACGAUGCCAUCGAUUGGAUGUGGAAGGUUCAUGCGGUUUACAAGUUUGGUCCGCUCAGUGCUUAUUUAUGUGUCAAUUACUUGGACAGAUUCCUCUCCUACUAUGACUUUCCUGAAGAGGAUCAGCCAUGGUCGACACAGCUACUCUCUGUGGCCUGCCUAUCUGUGGCUGCCAAGAUGGAGAAAGACAACGUUCUUCCUCCUUUCUUAUUACAGAUUUGUGAGCCAAAGAAAGUAUUUAGUGCUAAGACAAUCAGAAAAAUGGAGUUUACACUACUUUCCAAGCUCGGGUGGAAGACGCAAGCUGUAACACCCUUCACUUAUAUAGACUUCUUCCUCAAUACGAUCAGUGGUGGACAUCCACCAAGCCAUUUGAUGGUCUCCCGGUGCACAGAAAUUAUUCUGAAUACUGUCAGAGCUAUUGACAUGAUGGAAUUCUGGCCUUUUGAGGUUGCUGCAUCGACUGCAUUGCUAGUUUUGGGAGAUGCCAAGGUUGUGGAUGUGGUGGAAAACUUCCCCCAUUGUUCGCUUGUAUCGAAGAGAAAGGUCUGGCAAUGCUAUGGAGUUAUCCAAUACUUGGAGAUGGCGAGGCAGCGCGACCAUCUGCGCCAAGCUGCUGCUUCGUCCCCCGUGCUUAAGAGCCCAGUGGGGGUCUUGGAUCAUGCCAACCUGAGCAUCAAGAGUGAUGAUCCAAUUGCUGACCAGUCUCAUAAAACAUCGGUCUGCAAGAGGAAGGCAAGCCGAUUGACAUGCCCUUUCAUCAAGCGGAGGAGAAUUAGUAGAUUAUGA